AUGACCCAGCAAGACUUUGAAACCUUCAAGCUUGGAAAUUGGGAGCUGCAGAGUGGAGAAAAGCUCAUCAAUGCGUCUAUUGCAUACAAGACAUUUGGUGACCCGAAGUCGCCAGCAAUCAUUUACCCCACCUGGUUUUCCGGAUCGAUCUCGGAUAACGUCUGGUUGAUCGGAGAAGACAAAACUCUCAAUCCCAAGACGUACUUCAUCAUUAUCCCGGCGCUCUUUGGGAACGGCCAAUCAACCUCCCCGUCCAACUAUUCCGUUUCCGAUGUAUUCCCGGCAUGUUCCUUCUACGACAACGUGCGCGCCCAAUAUGCACUCGUCACACAGCAUUUGGGCAUAACGCAUCUGCACGCUGUGGUCGGGUGGUCGAUGGGUGCAGCCCAAAGCUAUCAAUGGGCGACGCAGUACCCAGACUUCAUGGACUUGGUGGUGCCAUUCUGCGGGUCAGCAAGGACCUCCUUGCAUAACCAGGUGUUCUUGGAGGGGGUGAAAGGUGCGCUGUUAGCAGCAAAACACACGCCUUCUGCUGUCCUGAGAGAUACCCGUUCUCUCGAGGCUGGACAGGCGUCAAGAAUAUGGAAUGCCCAGGAGAGGCAAAUCGGCUUGAAAGCUUUGGGUAGGGUUUAUGCUGGUUGGGGCUUUAGCCAAGCUUUCUACAGAGAAAGGCUGUAUGAGACUGCACUUGGCUACAAGAGCCUGGAGGACUUCAUGCAAGGUUUCUGGGAGAAGUGGGCUCUUUCUAAAGAUCCUGAAAACCUGCUGGCUCAUCUGCAAACAUGGCAGCAAGGGAACGUGGGCAAUCAAGAGCCAUACAAUGGCGACUUUGAGAAGGCCAUGGCCUCAAUCAAAGCGAAGACGCUGGUGUUGCCGGGGAAAACCGACCUUUACUUCCCCCCGGAAGAUUCUGAGUAUGAGGUUGCAUGCAUGAAACCGGGAAUCGGUACCCUUCGGGUUUUCCCCUCCAUCUGGGGUCACUGGGCGGGGGGCCCUGGUGAUAGUAAGGAUGAUGUUGAGUGGCUUGACAAGCAACUGGCCGAAUUUCUGGGGAAGCAUCCGAGAGCGUCAUUCUAA